GCCCUGAGCGUCUGUGUUCAGAGUCUCUGCAGCUGCACUGAACCGCACUGUUCCACAGCUUCAUCCCCGGUCUGUCAGCUCCGCCUCCAAGCAACAUGAGCUACCAAUCCUACUCCGUGCGCUCCAGCAGCGCUGGGCCGGGCCGCCACGCCUCCCUGUACGACAGGCUGUCCGGCUCCCAACGGGCCGCCAGCAUCUACGGCGGGGCCGGGGGCCAGGGGACCCGCAUCUCCUCCGCGUCCUACUCGGGGGUGCGCAGCGGGGCCCCCGGCGGCUCCUUCUCCUCCUCCAUCCAGGUGGGGGGCAGCGCCGGCGGGGCCAUCUGUGCCAACGAGAAGGCGACCAUGCAGGGCCUGAACGACCGGCUGGCCUCCUACCUGGAGACGGUGCGCACCCUGGAGCAGGCCAACAACAAGCUGGAGCUGCAGAUCCGCGAGUUCCUGGGCAACAGGGGCCCCGACGUCAAUGACUACAGCCACUACAACACCAUCCUGGAGGAGCUGCGCAAGAAGGUGUUUGAUGCAACCGUGGACAAUGCUCGCCUCGUGCUCCAGAUUGAUAACGCCCGAUUGGCUGCCGAUGACUUCAGAGUCAAGUUCGAGUCGGAGCUGGCUAUCCGGCAGUCGGUGGAGGCUGACAUCACGGGACUGAGGAAGGUGAUCGACGACACCAACAUCGGCCGCAUGAACCUGGAGAGCGAGAUCGAGGCGCUCAGAGAGGAGCUCCUUUUCCUCAAGAAGAACCAUGACAAUGAAGUCAUGGAGCUGCGUAACCAGGUGGCCCAAUCAGGAGUUCAGGUGGAUGUGGAUGCUCCCAAGGGGCAGGACCUGGCCCUGAUCAUGGCGGAGAUCAGAGCCAAGUACGAGAAGAUGGCGCAGAAGAACCAGGAGGAGCUCAAAGCCUGGCAUGAGUCUCAGAUAUCUGAGGUGCAGGUGCAGGUAUCACAGAACACAGAGGCCCUUCAGAGCGCACACACAGAGGUGAACGAACUGCGCAGGCAGCUGCAGUCACUGGAGAUUGAGCUCGAGUCCCAGAAGAACUUGAAAGGAUCACUGGAGGCCACACUGCGGGACACAGAGCUGCGCUUCAACAUGGAGACUGAGAAGUACAACAACAUCAUCCUGCAGCUGGAGGCGGAGCUCACAGAUCUGCGCGCCAACAUCCAGCACCAGACGCAAGAGUACGAGGCUCUGCUCAACAUCAAGAUGAAGCUAGAGGCCGAGAUCGCCACCUACAGGAGGCUGCUGGAUGGCGGUGACUUCAAGCUCCAGGACGCUCUUUCAGCAGAGCAGAGGACGGUGAAGACGAAGGUGAUGACCGUUACGGAGACCCUGGUGGACGGGAAGGUGGUGUCAUCCAGCACAGAAACCCGAGAGGCCAAAUCCUGAACCCCCACCCUUACUUCACCCAGCCCCCUGUUUCUGUCCAGCAAGGCAAACAUGGGCCAAUAACUACAACUGUCAAAGUCACCUGCCCUUCAGUAAUGCAAAAAUGACCUUUACUAUCGAUAAAUUAAUUCCUCCCUUUGCCAAAAGUAUUGUCUAAAUUGUCCAAAGCACUUAUACAUGGUGCAAUAUUGCUGAAAUGAGGGUUCAGAAAACAAAAUGAAGGGGAAUAUAUUUUAAACAUUUUUGUUAUGUAGCUGGAUACUAUGGCUUUUUAAUCUGAAAAAGAAUUAACUCGUUUUGGCCACCAUUUUCCAAGUCUCCUCACAUGCCAGCAUGUUCCCUUUUUGCAUUAAAAACAAGUUUUCUUUCA